UCGUCAGCUGCAAUCACGGUUGCAUCUCCAACAUGGCGUCGCUGGGAAGGAGGCGCGGUGUCCCAGUAAGCAGGGAGAGAGGUGCGAUGUCGGCGACAGACUGCUACAUCGUUCACGAGAUCUACAACGGCGAGAAUUCACAGGACCAGUUUGAGUAUGAGCUGGAGCAGGCACUGGAGGCCCAGUACAAGUACAUCGUCAUCGAGCCGACGCGCAUCGGGGACGAGACGGCCCGGUGGAUCACGGUGGGCAACUGCCUGCACAAAACGGCCGUGCUGUCGGGCGCGGCCUGCCUCCUGACGCCGCUUUCGCUGCCUCCCGAGUACUCACGCUACGUGGCGUUGCCGGCUGGCGCCCUCAGCGUCGCCUGCGCCGCUCUCUAUGGGAUUUCAUGGCAAUUUGACCCCUGCUGCAAGUACCAGGUGGAGUACGACAGCCAAAAACUCUCACGGCUGCCCCUGCACACGCUCACCUCCUCCACACCCGUGGUGUUGGUGCGCAGGGAUGACAUCCACAGAAAGAGACUCCAUAACACGAUAGCGCUGGCUGCCCUGGCGUACUGCGCCAAGAAGAUCUACGAACUCUACGCGGUAUGAGUGCUGUCGGAAGCGGGUGUGAGAAGCAAAGCGAAUACAGGAAAACAAACGUCACCAUCAAGCCCGGCAGCGAAGCUCCGCGGAGGUGGCGGCUGUCUCUAUUUUGAACUUUGAUCAGAUGGAUAGAGUUAAAACUAGAAGGAAUUGUUUUUCCUCGUCAUGUUUCCUUUACUCCCAUGUGACCACGACGGCACUCGUGUCUCUGUAGUAACUCUGCGCCUCCGCCGUCAGCCCGCGCCUCCUGCACCCUCCUCCCACCGCGGAAGGUACAUCAGCAGUGCGAGCGACGGCCAUGUUUGACUACCGGCUCUUUAACUGUACCCCCUUUCUUGCUGAUCGGUAUCGCCACCCUUUCAUUAAACUUUAGGAUAUUUGAAACUCACUUUUCUGUAUUUUAUUUGACCUUUUUUUUUCUCAUUAAAUGAAGCCGACUUGAUGUCCAGAAAAGGUUUAUUUGAGAUUGUUUGGUUCCACUUUGAAGACUGAGCCCCCACUCAUCACCAAAUCUAUUAAAUGCACUAUUACAAUAGAUAUUAAACUGCUGAUAUG